UUCCUUGUCGCAAUCGUCCUUCGGAGCUUUUGGAAUAGCCAAAUAUGAUAUGCUGUGCGCGUCCUUUAUUGAUGCGUUGUUGAUGGUUGAUAAUUGCAAAGCAUCUGAGCAUUUCUACAAAUUGUUGGAUUGGCCUGUUUUAGUACUAGUUUCUGCGGUUCUCCUUUUUUUGAGUUGUAUAAAGUUCCGGUUUCUAUCAGAAGAUUAAGUAGAUCUAAGUGGGUGUGCUAGGGUGCCUUUCUAUGUAUAGUGUUGGAUAUUAUACUUAAUAUAAGGUCUAUUGGUGGGAUGAAUUUGCCCUUUUGUUCUUGGUUACUGGGUGUUUUUCUAAUAGAGUUGGUGGACAUGGAAUUUCCCUGGGUCAACUUCGUAGUUUUCUGUCAUAAGGUUGGUGGUUCAGUUCAAGGAGGAGGAGCUGGUCUUUAGUGAAGUGUGCGUCUUGAGUAAAAAUCUGUGUUCUUGCGGCCGAGGCUUGAUUUGUUAGAGGUGGAUGGAAGAUAGCCAUUAUGCAGUUUCGGGUUGCACAAUGGUCCAACUUUAGUUCUUCCUGUAACAUGAUGAUCGGUGGCUUCAGGUCCUGAAGAUAAUGUGGCCGAGUACUAUCAGCAGCAGGUAGAAAUGCUUGAGGGAUUUAACGAAAUGGAUGCGCUAGCUGAGCGUGGUUUCGUUCCUGGAAUAUCAAAGGAAGAGCGUGAGAAGUUGGCUAAAAGGGAAACAUUUGCCAUUAGAAUAUCAAAUGUUGCGAACAUGUUUCUUUUUGCUGCUAAAGUUUAUGCAUCUAUUCGAAGUGGUUCGUUAGCCAUAAUUGCAUCCACACUGGACUCUCUUCUCGAUCUUUUGUCUGGAUUUAUCUUGUGGUUCACUGCAUUCUCCAUGCAAACGCCUAACCCGUAUCGAUAUCCUAUAGGAAAGAGACGUAUGCAACCAUUGGGUAUUCUCGUUUUUGCUUCUGUUAUGGCAACAUUGGGUCUGCAGAUAAUUCUGGAGUCACUGCGCCAGCUUCUGUCUGAUGAAGCUGAAUUCAAUUUGACAAAAGAGCAAGAGAAAUGGGUUGUGGGCAUUAUGCUGUCAGUGACCCUCGUUAAAUUGUUACUGGUUGUCUAUUGCCGAUCUUUCACUGAUGAGAUUGUCAAAGCUUAUGCCCAGGAUCACUUUUUCGACGUCAUCACUAAUGUCAUUGGCUUGAUUGCUGCGCUGCUUGCUAAUUAUUUUGAUGACUGGAUGGACCCUGUUGGGGCUAUUAUCCUGGCCUUGUAUACCAUCCGGACGUGGUCCAUGACGGUGUUGGAGAAUGUGAACUCCCUCGUGGGGAGAGCUGCUGCUCCGGAGUUCCUGCAGAAGCUCACUUAUCUGUGUUGGAACCAUCACAAGGCGAUCAAGAACAUCGACACCGUCCGGGCUUACACUUUCGGGUCGCACUACUUUGCCGAGGUCGACAUCGUUCUGCCCGCCAGCAUGCCCUUGCAAGAGGCUCACGACAUCGGGGAAUCCCUGCAGGAAAAGCUGGAGCUCCUUCCGGAGAUUGAGCGCGCAUUCGUCCAUCUCGACUACGAGUACUCCCACAAGCCAGAGCACACGCAAGCGCACUCGUAGCAGCGCCCGUCGUAUCUAGGGAUAACUUUCUUACUUUUUGCGUGAUGAGUAACUGCCUCCUCUCCCGCAAAACGAUUUUGCUGUCGGGGAGAAGAACGACAAGCACUAUUGUCAUAGGAUGUAUUACUGAUGCUGGAGCAUAAGUUUGCAUUCGAGCCGUGAUAGUGACAAAUCGGGUUUAAUUCUGCACUCGAUUUGAUCGGCAUAGUUUCCCGAGAGGAAUGAAAGAGGCCCUUCUUGAAGCUA